AUGGCUUCACUCUCACACCCAUCAACAAUGGAGAACCUCCCAAGCGAGAUUCUGUCAAACAUAUUUCUCAGGUUAUUUGCGAAACAACUUGCACAAAUGAGGUCUGUCUCCAAGUCCUGGAAUGCUUUCUUAUCUAAACCUUCAUUUGUAAAAUCCCACCUUCAUCGCUCUAUCAAGAACAACGAUGGAAUUCUAUUAGUCUCGUUCCAGGGUUUUUCUUUUCACACUAAACCUUUUACAGCACACCCUUCUAAAUCUCCUCGUAUUGAACUCACUGAUUUCGUUACACUUCCGGUAAAUCCACAAUAUGAUGAUACUCUUGGCAGAGUUAUUGGAUCUGUUAAUGGCUUAGUAUGUCUUUCUUCCGAAUCAAUUCGUAAUUCUGUCCUUCUCAUUUGGAACCCUUCUCUCUCUUCUGUGGUGACUCUUCCGCCAAUUUCUAUGCCAUAUUCUGGAUUUUUUCCGAUUCGCUUGUUCAUGCGCUUCGGGUUUGAUCCUAAGUCUGACGAUUAUAAAGUUGUUAAGCUAACAAGCUAUCUCAGUAAACCCCCAAUUGAUCAUGCAUUAUCAUCCUUCAUAGGUUGUCUUUCUGAUGUUGUUAAAGAGUGGCUCCAGGUCGAGGUUUAUAGCAUGAGAAAGGGUUCGUGGCAUUCGAUCACUCAAAAAUUUCCUUCUCACAUCACAUGGGUUGAAGAUCAAGAUGAAGUUUAUGUAGAUGGCCAUGAUGGCCAUCUUCAUUGGCUUUGUUAUUCUGAUUUGAAGGGUAAGCGACAAGUGAUAGUUGCAUUUGAUUUGGGUGACGAAUCAUUUUCCGAGAUUCUUCUUCCAGAUUCUCUACUAGAUUACAACAUGAAUCGGUUGAAUGUUUUAGGGCGUUUAGGUGAGAAGCUUUGUAUGAUGUCAACUGUUGUAGAUGCAGGAUGUGAGGUAUGGGUGAUGAAUGAGCGUGGGGUGUCUACAUCUUGGGUGAAAUACUGUGUCUUUUCGCACUUUGGUAAUAUAGUUCCACAUGGGUUCACAUCACGCAUUGAGUUUUGUUUUCAAGAUCAGAAUGGUUGUCUAGCUUUGUAUGAUCCGAUUGCAACCAAGAUUAGAAAGUUCAGAAUAUCGGAUAAAGAACAUCGGAUAUUUAAAAUUGUUGAGUAUGUUGACAGUCUUGUGUGGGUGACACCUGACAAGUGUGAGAUCAGCGGUAGCAGUGUUUCACGAUUGCAAAUUGGGUGA